ACGUCUUCAUUAUUGCUUUCCCUUUGACUCUCCGCUUUAUUUAAUACACCCAACCGCCUUUUCCAACCAAUUAUUUCCCAUAAACCCUACAUUUCUCUGACUCUUCCAAUAUUUUAUAUAGUAUAUUAACAACCCCCUUCCCCCCCUCCCCCCAUACACUACACAUUUUUCUUUGCAUUUAAUAUUACUUUAUUGAAAGAUCAUGGAAGCAGGGACGAUCUCUAGACUUGUUCAACCAAUUAAACUUCCAACUUACAAUUUCAGUUCUAACUCUUCCAUGUGCUGCCCCCAGACAAGGUUAAUGCCUGCUUUCCAUUCCUCAAAAUAUGAUGAGCGAGAGAUUACAGUUUUAUCUUCUGAACCCACUAUUAAAAAAAGCAGUGUACUUGGGGGAUUGUCUUUACAUCGUCCCGUGCACAAGAGAGAUAUAGUCGGAAAAACAUUCUGCUCUGUUGGACUGUAUACACAUCCAGGGAGCACUGUUGAAUCUUCUUCACAGACAGCUGAAGAAAAGAUCGGAGUGCUACUUUUGAAUCUUGGAGGACCAGACACGCUUCAUGAUGUCCAGCCUUUUCUGUUCAACUUAUUUGCUGACCCUGAUAUUAUACGUCUACCCAGAUUAUUCCGAUUUCUCCAGCGCCCAUUGGCACAACUCAUUUCUGUUCUCCGAGCUCGGAAAAGUAAGGAAGGGUAUGCUGCAAUUGGAGGCGGUUCCCCUUUACGAAAAAUAACAGAUGAGCAGGCUAAUGCAUUGAAGAUGGCAUUAGAAACAAAGGAAGUUCCAGCAAACGUCUAUGUUGCGAUGAGGUACUGGUACCCGUUCACUGAGGAAGCUGCUCACCAGAUAAAAAGAGACGGGAUUACAAAGCUUGUAGUACUGCCUUUGUAUCCUCAAUACUCUAUCUCUACAACUGGUUCGAGCGUCCGUGCCCUUCAGAAUAUUUUCAAGGAUGACUCUUAUCUGUCCAGCCUGCCAGUUGCCGUCAUUGAAUCCUGGUACCAACGACAAGGUUACAUCAAGUCCAUGGCAGACUUGAUUGAGAAGGAGUUACAUAAUUUCUCUAAGCCUGAGGAGGUCAUGGUUUUCUUUAGUGCCCAUGGAGUGCCAGUUAGUUAUGUUGAAGAUGCUGGUGACCCAUAUAGAGAUCAAAUGGAGGAGUGCAUUUUCUUGAUAAUGAAAGAGCUGAAAGCUAGAGGAAUCAACAAUGAUCAUACCUUGGCUUACCAGAGCCGAGUUGGUCCUGUACAAUGGUUGAAACCAUACACUGAUGAUGUUCUUGUUGAGCUUGGACAGAAAGGUGUAAAGUCUCUGUUGGCUGUUCCAGUAAGCUUUGUGAGCGAGCAUAUAGAGACUCUUGAAGAGAUUGAUAUGGAAUACAAAGAAUUAGCACUUGAAUCGGGAAUUGAAAAUUGGGGUCGUGUUCCUGCUCUGAAUUGCACCUCCUCUUUCAUAACUGAUCUGGCAGAUGCAGUUAUUGAAGCAUUGCCUUCGACAAUGGCAAUGUCUGCGUCCACUGGUACAGAGGAAGCAGUUGACGAUCCGAUGCAAUAUUUUAUAAAAAUGCUUUUCGGAUCACUAUUAGCAUUUGUUUUUCUGUUUUCACCAAAGAUGGUAUCGGCUUUUAAGAAGAACAUCCUUUAGGGAGGACAAAAGAUCCUUUUCAGUAAUAGUACAGAGAUCAAGAAGCAAUAUUUAUGGUGCCACCUUAAAAUUUCUUAAUUUUGUAUUCACAAGUUUUUUUCUUACUACUAAUAUACGAGUUAUCACUUUUGUUAAGAGAGACUGGAUACGACAGUUUUGAAAGUGCCAGUAUUCUGUUUUGGGGGCAGGCACAGGACGAAAACAAAUCAGAGAUACAAGUCUCUUUGUGGCAUUGGUUUUAGACUCAUACAAGUGUCUUGUAUUACAUCUAUAAACUUCAAUUAUACAAUGAAUUCUUUUGGUCAAGCA